ACGAAUAAAGCGUAAACUCUCAUCAGAGUAUUCAGACUCAGAUAGCACUAGCUUCAAAAAAAUUUCACCUUUUUAAACCUUCUUUUAAUAUUCAAGAUCCUUAAAACAAAAUUCCCAUUUCUUAAGAUUCAUAUUCUUCUUCUUCUUCUUCUUUUCUUUCUUGUUCAAGUCAACAGUUUCUUGGAAAAUGUUAUAGAAGGGUGAAAGUCAUGAUGGGUGGUGGUGCUGGUGCUGGUGCUGGCGCUGGCGCUGGCAGUGCCGGUGCCGGUGGCGGUAGAGUUGAAGUGAUAAGUAGCAAGGGAUGUUCACGGUUGUUUGUUGGCUUGUCUCCUUCUCUUCCUUCUUUUAAAAGCGUGCAAUCCUUUGAAGCAACAAUGUCUCCUGCCUCCUCCUCUAUUGGCUCUGAAUCGCUGCUUCAUCUUCGGUCCAACGCUCCCUUUUCCGGCCUUGUAAUUUGUGUCACCGGUCUCUCCAAAGAGGCAAGGAAUCAGGUCAUGGAAGCAACAGAAAGAUUGGGUGGCCAGUACAGCCCCGAUUUGCAUCCUCAAUGCACCCAUUUAGUAGUGCAGAGCUUUGGUGGACGUAAAUUUGAGCAUGCUCUGAAACAUGGAUCAAGAAAUGGACUCUUUGUUGUUACCCUUGGAUGGUUUGUAGAUAGUGUAAGGAAGAAUGUGAGGUUGAAAGAAUCGCUCUACACUGUUAAGAGUAUAAAGGAAUAUGGUAUGCACUUGGACAAGUUGAAUCGACUUCAAACAGGUACCAACAACUCAUGUUUUCCAGCUGGCAUUUAUGAUGCAAAGCAGUUUGACGUGAAUGCAAAACCAAAUAAACAUUUCUCUGAAAGAGACUCUAAUAGAAGCAUGGAUUCAACCCUAUCUGGCCACUCAAUGUAUGUUGAUUCAGACAUUUCAGAAGAACUUCGGAAUAAGGUCUUUGAGGCAGCUGCUAGAGAAGGUGCUACACUUGUAGAUCAAUGGUUUGUUGGUUGCAAUGCAAGUCAUGUAGUAUGUGAAGAGACUUCUGUCCAGAGAUAUCUUGGCCUUUCUAACAACAUUGUCACGCCUCUUUGGGUUCUGAAAACAGCAAAGGAGAAGAAUGUGCAGAGGCUUGUUCACAUGUCAGCUGAUUUGGCCAGGCAGGUUGGAACUAUGCUUGAAAAUCUUCAAAAUGGCACUGUAAGAGAGGAAAUUAAUGGUGGAAAUGUUCCUCAAGAUGGUAAGAGCUGUAUAAGUAAAGCAAGCUAUGAAGAAAGGCAACAGAUUGUAAAUUUGGCUAAAACUGGUGUCAGAAAUCGGCGUGGUCGUCGUAUGCAGACUUGCCAAACCCCAAUACGUCCAUUAACCCCAAGCAGCCUUCUGGAUUCAAUAUGCUGGUCUGUCUCUGAGCCAACUUCAACUGCUUCUAUAUACACAGACUCUUUCAGUGGUGAGGAUGUUAGUGAACAUCAGUCAUCCAUAUUCUUUGAUGCAAAGGAGGAUAGCAAGUAUUCAGAAGCUUCAUUUGCUAACUUAACCAGAUUGCUUACAGAAAGUGAAAAAAGCGAGUUGAUAUUUAAGAACCAUUUUCUGACCAUACUCUUUCCUGUUGAUCGAUUUACUGAGAUGGGGCCUUCUUCGCGAACAUAUUUCAGUGAUAAUGGCUUCACAUGUUUGCAGGUGUUAGAUCAUAUCUAUGAAUUUUAUCAGGAGAACAUGUCACCUCAUGAGAUCAUUUCAGCUAUUCACACUGAUUCAAGGCAUGCUGACCGGCUACGUGCGGUGUACUCCAGUAAAGAGACAGCAGAGCACGGUUAUGUAAAUUUUAAACGAAUUGAAUUCUUAGGAAGCCGUAGAAGUUUUGAGAUGUUGAAGCACGUAAGCGGGGAUAACAAUAGUAAUGUAUAUGAGCUCUUGCUGAGAGCAUGAUAUUAUCUUAACAGGGUUUCAAGUCCCCUUGUACUCGUUUCAACACAACGGUGCUGGUGAUACUGACUUGUCAGCUACACACAAUAAUCCUUGUGCCUCCAUUAGGUACAAAUCCAUGGACCGAAAGCGGAGAUAAGAAGGAGAGAAUUCUGCUUUGUGUCAUAGAAUUACUUUUUAUGUAUACAUGUUCUCGCAUUUGAUGUGUGUAAUGAACAGAAAAUGAGUGAUACCCUAAAUAUCAACGUGUGUAUAGAGUAUACCCCGUUUGAGUGCUUUGAUAACAAUGUAAAUUGUAGACAUUUUUGUAUGAUUUUGAGGCUUUGCUAUCAAUUGUAAUUUGAUCCGUUUCAUGCAUAAGUGCACUUGUCCCAUAAAUGCAUGGA